CAGGACAAUAUGAACAAAACUGAAACUCAACAUGAAGAGAUUAGGAUCAUCAUCAUUGGUGCUUCACGAAGUGGUAAAAGCACAGCUGCAAAUGUUCUUCUCGGCAAGAAUAUAUUCCAGGUGUCGGCAGACACUAGGCAGAGAUCGCACAUGACAUGUCAGUUUGGAAUGACAAAAACAGAACAUGGAUACGUAAAGGUCCUAGAUACGCCCGACCUCCAGGCUCCAAAACUAAGAGAGGAGUCCAAAGUGAGGGAAGAAAUCCAGAAGUGGAAGACGAUGUGUCCUGAUGCACAUCUUAUCCUGCUGGCCAUUCGCUGUGACUCCCAUGAUCUUGACGCUGAUGUGAUGAGAUUCAACAAAUUCAGAAGAUUGUGGGGAGACAAUCUCAGAAGACGUCUUGUGGUGCUCUUCACAUUUGGAGACAAACUACAGAAGGACAUCGACGAGCUUCUGGCUCGUUCUCAUCCUACUCUUCAGGACAUUAUGGACUGCGCUGGACAUCGUUACGUCAUCUUUGACAGUUCACUCGGUGCAAGCAAACAAGAUGGCCGUGUUCACCAAGUGUUUAACUUUGUUAGUGAGCUUAGACACGGAUUUAAUGUGCUGAUCAUCGGUAAAAGUAAGAGUGGUAAAAGCAACCUGGGCAACUACCUUCUCAACACCACCGCAUUCAGUGUCUCUCGUGGACCGACAUCAUCCACCACUCACACCGUGACGCGGUCAGCUGAGAUAGAUGGCGUGGCCAUCACAGUGACUGACACACCUGACCUGAGAAAUCUUGGUAUCGUGAAGACGUCUACAGAGGAAGAAAUAAAAAAAUGGUAUGCUUUUCACCCUGACAUCAUUUUGCUGGCCAUUCGAUGUGAUGUGUGCUAUUCAGCCGAGGAACACCAGAUGUACCAGCAGAUUAAGAAAGUCUUGGGAGAAAAAUAUUUCACUUCAAUACUGAUAGUGGCCUUUACCUUUGGAGAUCGUCUGGGCAAAAACAUCGAUGAGGAACUAAAAACAGUUUGCUCAGAGCUGAAAGAUGUGCUUAAAGAGGCAGGACAUCGCUACAUUGUGUUCAGCAACGAGGAUCCAGUACAGGACAGGAAGAAACAGUUCAUGCGUCUUAGAGCGUUUGCCUUUAAUGAAGGUGCUCCAUUUGAAUGCAAUGAAAGUCGCUCUGAGAGUACAAUUCCGAUCAAACCAACAGUUCAAGGGGCAUCAGAGACGCUCCAUGGUGAUAUGCUCCAGGUAUGUCAGGGGUCAAAAACUAUGUGUGAUUACGAUGAUCGUUUUAUGAAUAAUUUGAGUAACACUAGUUUGCCAGUUCUUGAUGUGUUAUUCCAUACCAUUAAUAGUUAAACCAUAAAUUACUAUACAGAGUAAGCCAACUGAAACUGAGAA